UCCUCGCGGGCUCGGGGACCGGAGCGUGCGGCUUCCUCCCGGCCCCGCAGGCCCCCAGCAUGUCGGCGGCGGCGGCCCCCGCUGCGGAGGGAGAGGACGCCCCCGCGCAGCCCGCGUCCGAGAAGGAGCCCGAGAUGCCGGGCCCCCGGGACGAGAGCGAGGAGGAGGAGGACGACGACGACGAGGAAGAGGACGAGGAGGAAGAAAAAGAAAAGAGUCUUAUCGUGGAAGGCAAGAGAGAGAAGAAGAAAGUGGAAAGACUGACGAUGCAAGUGUCCUCCUUGCAAAGAGAGCCAUUUACGAUUGCACAAGGGAAGGGUCAGAAACUUUGUGAAAUUGAAAGGAUACAUUUCUUUCUGAGUAAGAAGAAAACAGAUGAACUUAGAAAUCUACACAAACUGCUUUACAACAGACCAGGCACAGUGUCUUCAUUGAAGAAGAAUGUGGGUCAGUUCAGCGGCUUUCCAUUUGAAAAAGGCAGUGCCCAGUAUAAAAAGAAGGAAGAGAUGCUGAAAAAGUUUAGAAAUGCCAUGUUAAAGAGCAUCUGUGAGGUUCUUGACUUAGAGAGGUCAGGUGUGAACAGUGAACUGGUGAAGAGGAUCUUGAAUUUCCUAAUGCAUCCAAAGCCUUCCGGCAAACCAUUGCCAAAAUCGAAAAAGUCAUCAAGCAAAGGUAGUAAAAAGGAACGAAACAGUUCUGGAAUGACAAGGAAGUCAAAGCAAACUAAAUGUCCUGAAAUCCUGUCAGAUGAAUCUAGUAGUGAUGACGAUGAGAAGAAAAAGAAGGAUGAGUCUUCAGAAGAUGAAGACAAAGAAAGUGAAGAGGAGCAACCACCAAAAAAGACAUCUAAAAAAGAAAAAGCAAAACAGAAAGCUACUGCUAAAAGUAAAAAAUCUGUGAAAAGUGCUAAUGUUAAGAAGGCAGAUAGUAGCACCACCAAGAAGAACCAAAACAGUUCCAAAAAAGAGUCUGAAUCUGAAGAUAGUUCUGAUGAUGAACCAUUAAUUAAAAAACUGAAAAAACCACCUACAGAUGAAGAGUUAAAGGAAACAGUGAAGAAAUUACUGGCUGAUGCUAACUUGGAAGAAGUCACAAUGAAGCAGAUUUGCAAAGAGGUAUAUGAAAAUUACCCUGCUUAUGAUUUGACUGAGAGGAAAGAUUUCAUUAAAACAACUGUAAAAGAGCUAAUUUCUUGAGAUAGAGGACAGAUGGCUUGUUCUCAGAUUUGAAGAUCUGAUUUAUACCAGCAAAGAGAAUGUAUUCUUUUUUAAGUCUUGUCAUUGGUAGAACUUGCUGCUGACCCUCCUAAGUGUUACAUAUUUGAGCUUGCUGUUGUAAAUUGCAUUUCCUUGCAGUUUUCAGUUUAAAUCUUGCAUGGCCACAAUUGUUCCUUGCUUUUUAUAGUUGUACAUUUUGGAUUUCUUUAUUGUAAGGUCAUAGAUACCGGAACUGUGUGAAUUUUAGUGCACUUAAUGUUAGCUUGCUUAAAAUGUACUUUUUAAUGAAAGCAAAAACUAUUAUAACCAGCAUUUAUACGUGCAGAGACUAUUGCAGUAUUUAGUAUAUGAAAUAUUUUGAAUACAUCUGUCAGUGUGAAAACUUAGUCAAAGUUUGUUCAUCAUAUUAUAUAGCCCAGCUGUUCAGAUGACCGAGUUGGAACUUUUUCUGCAUGUGUAUAUAUGUCAAGUUGUCGGCAUGACAGAAGUGACAGAUGUUAUUUUUGUAUUUUUAAAAACCAAUUUGUUGUAUAUAAUUUUUUUAAUUUCUUUUGUGCAGAUCAAUUUUUAAACUCUUGUAGGUAGGUGUCUUUACACUUAUAAAUGUCAGUGUUCAGCUAGGCAGCAAUGACGUAGCAGUCAGAGUUCAGUGGUGUUAACACUGAAGGACUGUCUAGUUCUGCUUUGCCCGGAAAGUGUCACCAAUUUGUGGUUAACUUUGUGUCAUAGAAAUUUUAUAUUGAGGAUAAACAAAAAACACAUCAGAGCUUCAAAAAGUGGAGAGUGUGAGCACAUUUGGCUUAUAGAUAAGUGAUUGAUAGUAACUACACUUUUUUGACCAUAUAAGUAAUAGAUACAAGAAACGUGGCUACCUUCAUAAUUAUGAUUAAAAGUAUCAGAUGUAAUGCCAGAAUUGGUAUGAGGGCAAUGUAGGUAUUGCUGAAAGUAUUUCUCAAAAACCAUACAUUAAUAUCUUAAAGCAAGUAUUACAGAAUCAAGGCUGUUUGAUUUUAAAUUUUGGUCAAUCAAGAUUUUAGAUGGCAAACACAGACUGCCCCUAAAUUUAAAUUGUCUUUUUUUGACUGUCCUAAUAACCUAUUUCUCAUAUGCUGCUUGACAUUUGAUGUACCAACUGAGUGUUUAAUCUUUUACAUCAUAGAUCAGAUUUGAGCAUUAAUAGGUAUUUUCACAUAUUUGACUUCAGUAUGCUUUGAGUGAGAAGGAACAAGCAAGUAAAUGGGGACUAAAAAUUGGCCUUUUAAGUACUUUGUUAUAAAUCUUGGCAAUAAAGAAUAAAUCAAUGUUUUAA